AUGCAUUUUUUUUUCUUUUUUCCAUUCAGACCUUCACUGCCUGGUGCAACUCUCACCUGCGUAAGGCAGGGACACAGAUCGAGAACAUUGAGGAAGACUUCAGGAAUGGACUCAAACUCAUGCUGCUGCUGGAGGUUAUCUCAGGUGAGAGACUCCCUAAACCAGACAAAGGCAAAAUGCGUUUCCACAAAAUCGCCAACGUAAACAAGGCUCUGGAUUUUAUCAGCAGCAAGGGAGUGAAACUGGUCUCCAUCGGUGCUGAAGAGAUUGUGGAUGGUAAUGUGAAAAUGACCCUCGGUAUGAUCUGGACCAUCAUCCUGCGCUUUGCAAUCCAGGACAUCUCAGUGGAGG